UCAGCGGCUGCCAGGUCAGGGCACAGAGGGAUGAGACAAGAUGGCGGCAAGAGGCGGCAAGAACGGGCUCCUGGAGAAAUGGAAAAUUGACGACAAACCAGUAAAAAUUGACAAAUGGGACGGAUCUGCUGUAAAGAACUCAAUGGACGAUGCAGCCAAAAAGGUUCUCCUGGAGAAGUACAAGUACGUGGAGAACUUCGGUCUGAUAGACGGCCGCCUCGUCAUCUGCACCAUCUCCUGUCUGUUCGCCAUCGUAGCCUUGGUGUGGGAUUUUCUUCAUCCCUUCCCGGAAUCUAAGCCGGUCCUUGCCUUCUGCGUCAUAUCGUAUUUCCUGAUGAUGGGCGUCCUCACCGUUUAUACCUCAUACAAGGAGAAGAGCAUUUUCCUGGUCGCCCACAGAAAGGACCCGGCCGGGAUGGACCCCGACGACAUCUGGCACCUGUCCUCUAGUCUGAAAAGGUUUGAUGAUAAGUACACACUGAAGGUCACCUUCAUCAGCGGGAAGACCAAGCAGCAGCGAGAGGCGGAGUUCACCAAAUCCAUCGCCCGGUUCUUCGAUGACAGCGGCACUUUAGUCAUGGACAUGUUUGAGCCUGACGUCUCCAAACUCCACGACAGUUUGGCCUCAGAGAAGAAAAUGAAAUAAUCCCGCCGGGGGCCACGCAGUCUCAUUUUUACGCUGAUAAAGCAGAAACGAUGCCACCCCAUAGGAACGUCUCCCCUCCCCCCACAGGCGCUGCUUAAGGUCUCUGUAUCCUGCACGUUCCACGGUUCUGUGAGAGUCACCGCCAGAUCUCCACAGCUAGAUACCGCAGCUUGUACAGUAGAGGCUUUACUGUUACAUCCAGACUCCUGCUCUAGUCACCUCCAGAGCUGCAUUCACAACCCCUGCUGGUCCAUGCUGUAGGUCAGGGAUAGCCAACCUGCGGCUCUACAGCUGUUGCAAAACUACAACUCCCAGCAUGCCUAGAGCUAUCAGCCUACAGCAGGGCAUGGUGGGAAUCGUGGUUUUACAACAGCUGGAGAGCCGCAGGUUGGCCAUCCCUGAUGUAGGUUCUACCCCAGCCACAUUCAGAGCUGCACUCAUUAAUGCUGUCCUACAUGCCUGUCAUCGCCGCUUUUACACCUGAUUGCUCCUUUCACAUCUCAAGCUGCAUUCACAAUCCUGAUGAGUAGACCUGCAUGGUCCGCUCGGUAACUGUACAGCAGGAAGCAUCAUCUGCUGCAUUGCAUUGUGGGAGAAGUAGUGUUCUUCCCGAAUGUCUAGGAAAGCAGUGCAUCAUGGGGGUUAUAGUACACGGCAUUAGUCCGCAGAAUUGUGAUUGCAGCUCUGGAUGUAACUAAAGAAGAAAUACUGUCAAGCGACUGGUACAGAGAACCCGAGAUGCCCCCGCCAUCUAUCCUGUGCCCGCACCCCUUUAUGACUGCCGGUCCACUGCACAUCUGAGCCCAUUAUUGCACGGGAGACUACAACUCCUAUCCAUCCUCCACCUGCAAAAGCCAAGGGGUGACUACUCCUUCAAACCUCCAUCCUAACAUGCAAUCUGGUACCUCACUGCACCCUACAACUAUCUCCCCCCAACUCCUUGAGUCUCCAUAUCUGCUCCUGGGAAAGCUGGGUGACAAUUAGUAUGGCCGCCCAAACCGGGGGCGUGACCCUGGCUCCUGUCUCACCCACCCUGGCGUCUGGUAAAGCUGGGCGACAACCUAUAUGAGGGCCAUAGUAGCCGCCAUAGCGAUGGUCACCCAGCUUUUCCGGAAACGGCUGGGAAUAUUUCUUUUAACCAUUUGUGAGAAGACGACGUCGCAACUCCUGCCUGACCACGUGCCCCCUGAGCCUUAAAGGCGCAGUGCAAGAUCUGAAAAACAUGGCUGUGUCUGGUAUUGCAUCUCAGCUCCACUGCUGUGGAGGAACUGCAGUACCAUACGCAACCUGUGGACAGGAGUGGCGCCGUUCUGCCUCCAUGUU